AACGCGUAUGAGAGAGAGAGAGAGAGAGAGAGAGAGCUAUCGAUGUGAUCUCCAACAUCGCUUCUUCUUCGGAUAUCAAUUUUCCAUUGCGUAAACAUUGAUAAACUUUUUGGAGUUCGUAAACUCCUUUUGAGUCGAGGUUUUUUUUGGAUACGACCCUUUUUGAUGAUCUAAAUGUUGCUUAGUUAAAUGGAAAGGAAGAGAACAGAUGACAGUGAACCUGUCCCUGUCCCUGUCAUUGCACCGGUUGAUAGAUUUGGGUUUCUCAAGCAGCAGCAGGAACACGGCAACAAUUCUCCUCAACGUUUCAUCAAGACUAAUAGAUCAUCUACUAACUAUGAAAAGGAGGAGAGAAGGGUGACAAAAUGGAGGAAGAUGAUAGGAGCCGGAGGCAGUGACUGGAAGCAUUACGUCAGGAGAAAACCUCAUGUGGUCAAAAGGCGGAUUCGAAAAGGGAUCCCUGAUUGCUUAAGGGGCCUAGUCUGGCAGUUGAUCUCCGGAAGCCGAGACCUUUUGCUUAUGAAUCCCGGUGUUUAUGAGCAACUGGUGGUUUAUGAGACGUCAGCAUCAGAGCUCGACAUCAUCCGGGACAUAUCCCGGACUUUCCCGUCGCAUGUUUUCUUCCAGAAGAGACAUGGACCAGGCCAAAGAUCACUGUACAAUGUUCUUAAAGCGUACUCUGUCUAUGACAGAGAUGUCGGAUACGUUCAGGGAAUGGGGUUCGUAGCCGGUUUGUUGCUUCUCUAUAUGAGCGAAGAAGAUGCCUUCUGGUUACUAGUUGCAUUACUCAAAGGAGCUGUUCACUCCCCAAUGGAAGGAUUGUAUCAGGCAGGGCUUCCUCUGGUACAGAAAUAUCUGUUACAGUUUGAUCAGUUGGUAAGAGAGCUAAUGCCAAAACUAGGAGAACACUUCACUCAAGAAAUGAUCAAUCCGAGUAUGUAUGCAAGCCAGUGGUUCAUAACAGUCUUCUCCUACUCGUUUCCUUUCCAUUCAGCUCUAAGAAUCUGGGACGUGUUUCUAGCCGAGGGUAUAAAUAUUGUGUUCAAAGUGGGUUUAGCAUUGUUGAAGCACUGCCAUGAUGAUUUGGUGAAAUUGCCAUUUGAGGAACUUAUGCAUGCUUUGAGGAACUUCCCUGAAGAUGCCAUGGAUCCUGAUACUUUACUUCCAUUGGCUUACUCCAUCAAGGUAGCAAAGCGUUUGGAAGAAAUGAAACAGGAUGGUGAGAAAGCUGUAGCUAAACCGGCUCAAACGACCAACCCGGUUCAGCAAUAGUGUUUGAUGAUCUUGAGCCCCAUGGUCUCUCUUUUACUCAAUUUUUUUUUUUUGUGCAACUCAUGUGUGAAGAAAGUACAUUAGUUUUUUUUAUUCUUUUGUAUUUAAGUUCCAAGAAAAUCAAACUUUCUAGUUUCUCCUUUCUAUUUUUUUUUGUCAUGAUUUGUUUGGUGUGUUUAACAUGCUUCUGUAACGUCUAAGUCACAAUGUAUUGCAUCUUUAUAAAGUUCAAAUGUAAUUGUAAAACAGAUACUAUGAGAAACUCUUAUAUGAUUUCAGUUUGAUAAA